UCUCGCUGGGGCCGGUGCGGUCGUCCUUGCUGCCGCCGCUUCCACAACGCGCCCUGCCCGGCUUUUCGCGCUGCGGAGCUUGCCUCUCCCCCCCUUUUCCCCCCUCCCCAGCCCUGCCCUACCCCACCCCCGCCCUGCCCGGCUCGCUCCCCCAAAUGAGCGGCGGUUCGCCCGCUGGAUCUAACGCAAGGACAUCGCCCAGCAGCAGCGGCGGCGGCGAAGGAGGAGGAGGCGGCGAAGGCUCGGCCGCCGCCUCGUCAGCCCAGCCUUCCGGAGCCGUGUGCCCGGUGCUCUCGCACCUGUCCCCGGAGGACCCCCUGCGCCAGGCGAACCGGCUUCCCAUCAGGAUCCUGAAAAUGCUGAGCGCCCACAGCGGUCACCUCCUGCACCCGGAAUACCUGCAGCCGCUCUCCUCCACGCCCGUCAGCCCCAUCGAGCUGGACGCGAAGAAGAGCCCCUUAGCGCUGCUAGCGCAAACCUGCUCGCAGAUCGGGAAGCCGGAUCCACCGCCCGCUUCCAAACUCAACUCCGGCGCGGCAGCCGGCCUGUCUGGGCCGGACAAGGAGUCGAGCGGUCGCGCCGCCGGUGCCGGAGCCGGCAGCGCCCUCAAGCAACUGGGCGACGCGCCCGCCGAGGAUAAAUCGAGCUUCAAGCCGUAUUCCAAAGGCGGCAGCGGCGGAGAUCCGCGGAAGGACGGCGGCGUCCCGCCGAACCAGGCCGGAUCGGGCGCGGAGAAAAACGGCUUCCGAGUUCCCAGCGCCGCCUGCCCACCUUUCCCUCCGCUCGCCGCCUCUUCCUCUUCCACCUCCUCUUCUCCGGGCGGCUCGAGGGGCAAUUCCCCGCAGCACUCGGACUGCAGAGGCCUCGAUGAGAAGAAGGAGUCGGAGAUCGUGGCCAAAGCCAGUCCAGACGCGGCGCUUGGAGCUGGAGGUACCCGGGCGCGCGCCGGCAGCGUGGAGCCCGGGACGCAAAGCGAGGCGGCUUCGGGCCGCAAGUCCGAACCUCCGGCCUUGGCGUCGGCGGGCCACGUGGCGCCGGUAUCUCCUUACAAGCCGGGUCAUUCGGUGUUUCCUUUGCCCCCCUCCGGCAUCGGCUACCACGGCUCCAUCGUGGGGGCGUAUGCGGGCUAUCCUUCCCAGUUCGUACCCGGCUUGGAUCCUACCAAGCCCAGCCUGGUGAGCAGCAGCCAACUGCCAGGGGCCUUGGGGCUCCCGGGGAAGCCCCCCAGCUCCAGCCCGCUGACGGGGGCCUCCCCACCUUCCUUCAUGCAGGGAUUAUGCAGAGACCCCUAUUGCCUGAGCUACCACACCGCCUCCCACCUGGGCACCAGCAACUGCUCCAGCUGCGUCCACGACCCGGGCAGCCUGAAAAGUGGAUAUCCCCUGGUGUAUCCCACCCACCCGCUCCACAGCGCCCUGACCUCCAGCGCCACGCCCAGCCUGUCUGGCCAUUCGCUCUACACCUAUGGCUUCAUGCUGCAGAAUGACGCCCUGCCCCAUAUAUGCAACUGGGUGUCUGCCGGUGGACCUUGCGACAAGAGGUUUGCCACCUCCGAGGAACUGCUGGCCCAUUUAAGGACCCACACGACUCUGCCGGGGGCGGAAAAACUUUUGGCUGGUUAUCCUACCUCGGGGCUGGGCUCUGCUGCGUCCUGCCACCUCCACCUCCCGCCUGCUGCCCCGGGGAGCCCCAGCUCCUUACCCGGAUCUCUGUCGUUGAGAAGCCCGCAGACAUUGGGACUAAACCGCUACCAUCCCUACGGCAAAAGCAAUUUGCCGACGGCGGGGACCUUGCCGGUCCCUUCCUUGCCUGCAGCUGGACCCUACUACUCCCCCUAUGCCCUUUAUGGCCAAAGACUGACCUCAGCCUCUGCACUUGGAUAUCAGUAACUCCAGCAGCCCUGCCCUCUCAUGCGACCUCGCCUCCGGAGUGUGUAUUUAUUUCCUGUAUGUUAGCUUAAAGCUGGGAAAAUAAGUGCAUUAAUACACCAAUGAAUCAAUGGUAUGCAAAACGUCUGUGUCUCCUACCCCCUUUCCCAAAAUCUGACCCACUCUUUUAUUUUUAUUUUUUUAAGCAAAACGUUUUGCCCAUGUGGGGUGGGAGAAGCUUACUGUAUUUUCUUUUUUCCCCCUUUAAAUAUUUUUUUUUUUAAGAAAACUUUGCCCUGGUCCCAAGGAACGCCCGGCAUGAUGUUCAGCAAAAUGCUUUUCUUCCUUCUCCCUGCUUUAUCUACCACCACCAACACCCCCCCCCCUUUUUUUUUUGUUUGGUUUUAUUCUUGGUUUCGGUUUCUUUGGCAUUUGUAUAGUAACUGUAUAGUUCCUGUCUUGUGAAAGAAAGAAAGGGGAAUGGGGCGGUCAGGUUUGCUGGGAAAUUAUUUGGUGGCUUUGUUUUAACUGCGGAAGGCGGGACUGGCAAGCUGCUGGCACUAGGCUGGCCGCGGAGAGCUUGGUGGUUCUGCAUAGAACCCAUCGGUCCUGUCUCCUCUGCAGAAACCAAAUCACCUGUGCUCUCAGAGUGGAUGCCCUAAGCAAAAAGGAGAGCAUCCAAGUACUGGGAUUUUUGGGGUGAAACUGAAGCCCCUUCCCAUAAAAGAGGGGCAUGCAAGCCUUCCACCAGCUUUCACACUUGUUUUGUUUUAUUUUGCUUUGGCUUCUUUUUUGUUCUCUCCCCUCCUUUCACCCCCCCCCCCCCCCACCCCUGCUUUUUCUCUCUUCAAAAGACCUGAAUUUUAAGGAAAUUAGCAAACAUCCUUGAGAGACUGGAAGAGAACAAUCUUAUAUGCCAAAUGAGGAACUCGGAGAACUUUUGCUCAGUUUGGUUUCAAGCUGGAUCCUCAAGUCUAGCUAGUAGCCCUUGGGGGCCUCUUUAUCUUUGUCUUUAGGCUCAAAUCUACGUACCAAAAAACCCCAACCACCAACCAACAAAAAAAAAAUCACUCCCCCCUUUUUCCUAAUGACCCUAUCGCCCACUUUCUCUUGACCUGUGGGUAUGGAACAGCUGUUAAGGUGCAGAGACCCUUCCCCAAAUUGCAGAACUAAGGCAGCACCGAAGGCUGCAGAUCUUUUGGGGUGAAUAGAACUCCCUCCUGGUAAGUCUUAUUUUGUUAAUAAAUGAAUACUUGCUAUAUCUA